CUUUAUUUAUUAUUCUUUAUUCAAAUAAUAGUUAAAAAAUUUGCGCUCUAAUAAUGCGAAUUGUGAUUUUUACAAUAUUUUAUCAAUAAGUAUCUUGUUUUAUACGAUUUUAAGAUAUGUGAAGUGUACAGAAAUUUUCUUUCUAAGCCAACAAUGGAUUCGGAAAACGUCUGCCGUUGUUGUCUGUCCGGAGGUGCAAGCAAAGAUCUAAACUCCACAUAUGUUUGGUCGAACAAAAAAGAAAUUUACUCUGAUAUGUUAUUGGAAUGUUUUAAUGUAGUCCUCUCCAUGUCAGAAUACAGUGGACGUGCAAUCUGUGAUGGUUGCAUCGAACUACUCCGCAGUUCCUUUGACUUCAAGCAGCAGGUUCUCCGCUCGGAGAAGGAGCUCCUCAACCGGCUAAUUGACGUAGAUGACCAAAAACCAGUGGCGAUUAAGUUGGAACCUAAACAGGAUAGUGGCGAUGACUCGGAUGACUACUUCUUGGCUGAUGCAGUAAGAGAAGCCACUGAACAGAAAAUAAAAUGUGAAGUAAGAGAAUCUAAAAAGAAAUCGGAACAGAAGAGAAAGAAACCAAUAAAGAAGGCAGUGAAGAAGACAGGAGAGAAAUGGCGUACGGAGAAGAUUAAAAGUCUCGUUAAUAGACUGGCGACGUCACUCAACACGUGUGACAUUCCAGAUAUACCUCUGAAGAACGAGACAAACGUGAAGGCAAACCGAACGAAAAUAUCCAUAUCUAAAGAGCCAAUGUACAAAGAAACGAAGAUAAACUUAAUGUGGACCACCAGAACGAAUCAUGACAAAAGCAAACAUAAAGAAAACUUACAAACCAUAUUGAAAUUCUCAAACGCAACGCCCUUCAAGAAUAAAUCGCUACUCGGUUUCAUAUGCGGAUACUGCGAUGCCACUUACCCAGAUCCAAUGGAUCUCCGAACGCACACUGAGGUGGACCACAAAAUAGAGCGGUUACAAUUCAAAUCCAACUUUGAUAUGACGGAAUACAACGUAAAAUUGGAUAUCACAGACCUAGCCUGCAAUUUAUGCGACGAACAAAUGUGUAACCUGACCUCUUUAAAAGAUCACCUAGUAAAAAGUCACGAUAAAAUCAUAUAUAACGAUAUCAAAGAUCAUAUACUACAGUUUAAGUUGAAAAAAGGUGAUGUUUACGACUGCGCAAUGUGUUCAUCCACAUACGAGACCUUUAAGAUGUUAAAGCAGCAUAUGAACAAGCAUUACUGCAAUUAUACGUGCCCGAAAUGUGACAGCUCGUUUGCGACGAAGAGAUCGUUGAAUGCCCAUAGAACGACGCACCAAGAAGGCAGUUUUAAGUGUGAUCAUUGUGAGAAGGUGUUCUCUAGUAGGUCUAAGAAGCAUUACCAUGAGAAGACCAAGCAUAUGGGAGCGAGGAACAUCAGUAACUGUCCAUACUGCAACGAGCCAUUCCGUAGUUACUACCAGCGGAACCAGCAUCUAGUCAAAGUCCACAAUAACGAAGCGCAGUACAAGUGCAAUGUAUGUAAUAAGUCUUAUAUACUAAAAUCGUUGUUGAUGUACCAUAUAAAGAAAAAUCACUUAAUGGAACGGAAUUGUCAAUGCACUGAAUGUGGGUUCCGGUUCUUCAGUAAGAAGGCUUUGAAAGCACAUAUGAUUAAGCAUACAGGUGAACGGAUUUACGCCUGCGAGGUGUGCCAUAAGUCGUACGCUAGGAAAUAUACACUAAGAGAACAUAUGAGGAUACACAACAAUGACAGAAGGUUUAAAUGUGAUGUGUGCGCGAUGGCUUUUGUACAGAAAUGCAGCUUGAAAAGUCAUCUAUUAUCGAAUCAUGGUAUAAGUAUGGCAGCUAGCGAUAUAACGUCAUCUUAAGACCUACCCUGUCUCGGAAGGACCAGAUUUAAUGUUGCAGAAGACUGAUGGGUGAUGAAUAAAGAGAAUAGUUCCUAGAUGUUAUCUCAUAAAGAAGAAGGAAAUGCCACUACACAUCCUAUUUGGUUGUAGCCCACUCAUGCAUAAACAAAAUAUCUCCUUUGGAAAGUAUACACUCUGUCCUGAGGAGAUGAAAACCAUCGUUUCUAAGAACGUCCUUCAAUUCUUGUUCCUGCCGGGUCUAGGUAGCGAACUUUAUAAGGACGAGCACAAUAGAUAAAUAUAGGUCCCAGUGCCUAAAGCACCAACAAUAGGCCAACCUACAAUAAAAAAAUCGCAUAAAAGAACACUUUUUGAGAUAACUUGCAUAAGUGAAAUAAAGUUUUACCCCCGUAUUCAUGAAGACUAAAAUAGAAAAAAACUUAUUUUAACUGUUAAUAUUUUAUUACUGUCUUUCAAGUAAUGAAAGAAAAGGACAAAAGAUAAAGUAGGUUUAAUUGGUGUGAUGUGUUUUGUUGAACUUACUCUGAAUGAAAAGGAAAUGAACAAAUGAAUGAUGAAGGAAUGAACAGCAUUAUAGUAGUCUAAAAAAAAUAAUGAAAUUCCGGCUCUUUUUUUUUCCCGGAUCCUUUAAAACAGGGACAACUGUGCAAUCAAUUUUAUAUACAUUUUUAGUGAAGUGUAAAAAAAUACAUGAACUGAGAUCUGAUGUUGUAAAUAUUUUAUAUUUUUUUUAUAUUUUACACAGAGAUGUAAAACACACAUUUAAAAUUCUGAGGCAUAUAUAUAUGUUGUGACAAAAUUGUAGAAUAUGUGACGUCACGAACUAGUCGUGAAACUUCUUUUGUUUAUUGUUACAGUCUGUGGUCAAAUUGACAAUAGAUUAAUAUUGUUUGUCUUCAAUAUUAGUUGUCUAUAGUCUUACUGAAUGUUAAAUUAAUUUUGAAUUUCGACCACUGGGCGACCAUUAUUUUAAACUCUGUGGUCAAAUUGAGAAUAGAUUAAUAUUGUUUGUCUUUUGUCUAUAGUCUUACUGAAUAUUAAAUUAAUUUUGGUAGAAUUUUGAAAUAGUACUAGUACCAUGAAAUAUGAAAAUUACAGUUUCAUCACAACAUAAAUAAUACUUUCUGUGUAUACACAUAAGAUCUAAUAUUGUAAAUUAUGUAUUAUAAAAGUUCUUUAUCUGCUACAUUGUUAUAUUUAUUUACUGUUCCUUAAAUUGUAAAUGAGCAAUAAAUCUAUUUUAGUU